CAAUGUCUCUAACAUUGCUUCAUCCCACUGUCAUGAGGCUAUUCUCCACGACAUGGCCGCUAUUGCUAUAUGCCACAGUCUGGUCCCUUCUUCUGCUCAUCACCGUCGGAACCGCUUCUUCUCUGGCCCAGCUUGCUUACAUGUCAGUCGUCUCUCCUUCCCCUUCAUCUCCUUGCGGAGCGGGAUUCCUCAAGGUGCCUCUGGAUGUCCCGUCAGAGAAGUUUUGCUUGCCGAUUCACAUGAUGAAGACGUCCGAUUGGGAUUUCGUCGUGCCGAUCGUCUUUGCUGGUCUUCUUGUGUCCACUUCUGCAUUCAUGAUCCGCAGCUUAGGUUUCUGGGAAAUCGAAAGUGAUGGUUAACUGAAUAAUUGGUCCUAAGAUGUUCUGCCAUUUUUCCCGCUUCCUCUACAAAUUUAUUUUUCUUGGAUUAUCUUGAAAAACGGUUACAACAUAGUUAUUGGAACAUUGGUGCAUUACUCUGAAUGAAUUUGACCAAGAAAGAACAUAAGAACAGUAUGUAUGAAGUGAAGCAAGCAAGUUUUAAC